GAGAGAGAGAGAGAGAGAGAGAGCAGCACGCACAAAUACAGAGAUGGAUAGAUGAGAUGAGGUAGAAAUCAGGUGGGUGUGGGUAGCUGCCGUUUUGCUUUAGCGAAUGACAAUAGGAGAGAACUAACGGAAGAAAGAAUUAAAAUCCAAGACAAAGUGGAAUGAUCAGCACUGCUGCAGUGCAGUAGUAGUUCCGAAGGCGAGGGAGGAGAAGAGGGUCGCCCUUUGUCUGCCUGCCUGUCUGUCUGUCACCCACACACGCACCUGUCUCAUCCUCCUCCUCUUCUUCUUCUUCUUCACUUCCUCUAUCUAUCCAUUCAAGUGAGGAAGAAGACGAUCGACGAGCCCUCAGUCCGAGUCUGACAGAUAUGGUGGCUUCCCUCGUCUUCCCCCGUCCUCCAACAUUUCUUCAAGAUUCUUCUUCUUCUUCUUCUUCUACCGCCUCCCGAUUCACCCAUUCGACGACGGAUCAUUCCAGCUCCAGCUCCAGGCAUCAUCAUCCCCAUCCUCUCACAAGGUUAAGGAACCAUAUUCCCCUCUCCUGCGGCGCAUUCUUCUCCGAUACCCUAUCCAACGAUAUUAUUAAUAAUUCCCUUCAUCUGGAGGCUGCGCCGCUGUAUACCACUGGCACUGCCCUCCUCCGCCAACUCCAGGAACUCCCCGCCCAACUUCCAGAGGCUCAGAGAUGGGGUUGGUUUGCUUUUGCUGGAGUUACCUGGAUUUACUUGACCGCCACUCCCGGCGUGCUCGUUGGCGCCAUUGAUGCCUACCUCCUGGCUCCCGCGCAACUGCUUUUCGACACUUUGACCGGGAGGAGGGGUUUGAACAGUAACAAUUUCUUGGUCGGUAAUAGGCUGGGCGAAGGAUCCUUCGGCGUCGUUUAUUCUGGAAUGGUUUUUCCCAGGAAUGUAAGUGUGGACGCGACGUUACGGGGUACUGCAAAUGCAAGCAGCAGAAGCAGAGCAAGUUUGAAGGUGGAUGGGAGGUCUACAGAGAGAGUUAUCCUGAAGAAGCAGGUAAAAGUUGGGGUGAGAGGAGCUUCGGAGUUUGGGGACCUUGAAGAGUGGUUCAAUUAUAGGCUAUCGAGAGCAGCCCCUGAGACGUGUGCAGAAUUUCUGGGAAGUUUUGUAGCUGAUCGAACGAGUACCCAAUUCGCAAAGGGUGAGAAAUGGCUUGUCUGGAAAUACGAGGGGGAUUUGGACCUCGGGGACUACAUGAAAGAUCGGAGCUUUCCUAGGAAUUUGGAGUCGGUCAUGUUCGGACAAGUCCUGCAAGGCCUCGAGUCCAGGGAGCGCAGCGCGUUGAUCAUAAAACAGAUAAUGCGACAGCUUAUCAGCUCCCUCAGGAAAAUCCACAGCACGGGCAUAGUUCACAGAGACGUGAAGCCAUCCAAUCUGGUAGUCACCCGAAAGGGGCAGGUCAAACUUAUUGACUUCGGGGCUGCAACAGACCUCCGCAUAGGCAAAAACUACACCCCCAAUCGUACCUUGAUGGACCCUGACUAUUGCCCCCCUGAGCUUUAUGUAAUGCCUGAGGAAACUCCCAAUCCUCCGCCAGAACCCAUAGCUGCCCUUCUUUCUCCAAUCCUGUGGCUGCUCAACAGUCCUGAUCUGUUUGACAUGUAUUCUGCUGGAAUAGUACUCCUGCAAAUGGCAGUGCCAAACCUAAGGACCAGCGCAGGGCUGAAGAACUUUAACCUGGAGCUGAAGGGUGUGGGCUAUGAUCUGAAUAGAUGGAGGGACAAAACUCGAUCAAGGCCAGACUUGAGCAUUCUGGUUGAGCUUGAUUCUGGCAGAGGCUGGGAUUUGGCCACAAAACUAGUGGCAGAGAGAAGGGGACGCCUUUCUGCCGCCGCUGCCUUGAGGCAUCCUUACUUUCUGUUGGGCGGUGAUCAAGCUGCUGCCGUCCUCUCUAAAUUCACUUCGCUCGGCCAGCAGCAGCAGCAGCAAUGAUUUGCUGCCAUUUUCGUCAUCCACACUACCUACCUUCUGAAUUGAAGGUGAAGGUGAAGCUAUCAACAAAUUCCUUAUUAUGCACUGCCUUCUCGUGAGGCUGAGAUGGGCCCUGUACUAUUCUCUCCUGUAUUAGUUUUUUCUCAACUAUCUGAGUGUCGUCUGCUGCGAUGAGGUGGGGACACAAUCAUUGGCUCCAUCAAUCAUAUUCGUUUGCACAUACAUACAAACAAUCGAUAUUAUAUUAUGCAGCCAGUAUAU